AAUCUGAAUCCAGCCUUCUAGACAACUAUACCUAGUGGAAAUGAUGCUCGUUCUAAUUCUUGCCCUGUUUGGUGCCUCUUUGGCAAAAGAAUCCUACCUGAAAGCUGUCCUGCGAUCCCCUAAAGAAACCCUGAAGCUCUAUGACAAUUUCAAGGCAGAGCAGCACCUCGCAUUCGACCGAGUUGAGGAUAGACUGAGGUUCCGACUGUUCCGGAAGAACGCUGAGAUGGUAGCAGAUGAAAACUCUGUGGACGAAGAAACUGCCGAAUUUGCUUUGAACUUCUUCUCUACAAUGACUGAAUCGGAGCAGAUCUCAUACAGAGGUCUCAAUGUAACAGGACACAACAAAAACGCUAAACCUGCCUUGAGGAGCAGUGGAGAAGAUGCUGCACCUGCAAGCAAACUCUGGACAAAUGAAGGAAAGGUCACAGCAGUUGAAAACCAGGGACGCUGCGGAUCUUGCUGGACUUGGGGAGCUGUUGGUGGACUGGAGACGAGAUACGCAGAGAUGUCAGGUGUGCUGAGAAAGUUUGCUGAGCAAGAGUACUUGGACUGUGUGUACGAGGGAUCUAGAGACGGCUGCAACGGUGGAUGGCCUGAUGACUGCUAUAAGUACUCAGCAAAUAACGGAGGAAGACUAGCUAGCAGUGCUGAUUACGCUUACACACAGAGAGAUGGUUCCUGCCAAGGUUCCAGAAAACCAGACGCUAUGAUAGCUGCUAAAAUCAGAGGAGUAAGGAAGGUAGGGAGCACUGAAAAAGCCAACAUUGAAGCUCUAGCUUCAGGAUCUCUCUCUGUGGCCUUUGAAGUGACCGACAAGUUUCAGCAAUACUCCAAAGGUAUCCUAAAAGACACAACGUGCACAGGCAGGCCCAACCAUGCCGUCACCGCUGUGGGGUACACCGAGGAUUACGUACUGGUAAAGAACUCCUGGGGAAAUACAUGGGGAGACAGCGGAUACGUUAAGUUCGCCAGGAACCACCACAACUGUAACCUGUGGGAUUACAGCAGCUACCCUGUACUUGCCUCUACUGGUGCCUCUGAUAACGGAGGUAAUGAUGAAGCAACUAACUACCACGCUGAUGAUGAAGAUGAUAGUGGUCCUGCACCAGAUCCUGACUGUGUGGACUCCUACUCACCUUGCUACGAGAGCUGGUGUGAUACGGAUUGGAUUGUGGAGGACUACUGCCAGAAGACCUGUGGAAAUUGCGGUGGUAACGAUGGGGAUUGUCUUCCCGGUACCAUCAGGUGCGAUGACGGAGUCUGCAGGCACGAACACAUGUGUUAGACUCACACUCUUGACUUGGUUCUUAUGUUUCAUUAGAAUCUUACUUUGCAUUUA